AAACCUAGUCGCGUGUACGCGAGACUGGCCAUUCGCAUAGGACUUCAAACCUCGCAGCUUAGCGCGCGCACUUGGGCAUGAGUCUCUAGCCGCCUGCAACCUGAGGGUGGAAACACCAUAAGUAGUGGCUAGCGUCAGUAUCAAACGCAACCUCUGUCAGGACUGCGCGCAGGCGAAGAACUCGGUAUACUUCGCGCGGGCAUCGGGGGCCCCCGGAGCCUGGGGCCCCGUCUGGGGCACCGCGCCUGAGCACGUCGGACCAUAUCUUUGUGACUACGAGGUCUCUGCCAAGCAGUAUUAACAUGGAAACUGGAGCUGCAGCCGCCUGCGCUCCCGGCGAGCAGAGAGAACUCCGAGAUGGCCCCCCUGUUGCCGAUGGCCCUGCGGGGCAGCCCGGGCUCAGCGCGCCCGCUCUUGGCAGCCAUGCGAGCGAUGACCUCGACAUGAGCCCAGUACCAAGCAUCGGCCAUGCUGCGACUGAUGCAGCGGGCGCGUCGCAACGGGCGGCCCUGGCCUCCCCCAGCCUGGCCGGCUGGCCCCCUCGCUCGGUGGACGCAGAGCUCGCGCCAGGCUCGGACUCCUCGGCAGCGACCGGGCAAGGCCCCCAAUCCGCCGGUCCCCGGCCCGAACCGCCCAGCUCUAAGCAUGCUGCUGCUUCUGUCGCUGCUUCUGUCACGGCUGCUCGUGCGGCUGCUGGCGACGCUGCUGGUGCGCCUGCAGGCGAGGGCGUUUCGGGGCACGCCAACGAGCCCGGGAUGAGCAGGGCUGCAAACGAUCCACGGGCUGCAGCUGCAGUCGCCGUGGGGUUGGAGAGGUACCCGGGUACGGCAGCGGCGGUCUGCGCCGCGGCCGUGGCAGGGGCACCGAUAGCUGCGAGCACAGAUCGGUUGCAGGAGGCGCCCCUCGGCGUUGGCGGGAGAGCGGCUGCGGCUGCGCCUGCGGCUGCAGCAGCUGCUGGUGGAGGGCGGCUGGGACAGCCGCCGCACACGUCUACCGCGGAGCUGGGCGCAGCAGCGGCGGACGGUUCUUACGCGGCUGCAGUGGCAACAGCAGCAGCAGCAGCAGCAGCAGCAGCAGCAGCAGCAGCAGCAGCAGGGCCAGCGGUAGCUGCGGCAUCCGAGGGCGGGCCAGCAGGAGUGUUUGCGAAGCCAGCAGCAGCAACGGCCACAUGCGGGCUCGCCGUCCAGGACGACGCGGAUAUGCAGGACGCGCCCACAGCCGCAGCUGAUUCGGCGGCAGCUGCAGUGACGGCUGGCGUGCCGGCGUCGGCACCUGCACCUGCACCUGCACUUGCGGCCCCAUCUCGCGCCCAGGCGGACACCACAGCGGACGCCGCGGCCGGCCCCGCUGCCACUGCCGCCGCAACCGCCGACACAGCCGACGGCGAGGCCGACGGCGGCGAGGGGCGGCCGAGCAAGCGGCGGCGCCGGCACGGCUCCACUACUAACGCCCUCAUUAAGGAACUAAAGGGCCUGCUGGACUCCAGCUUGCUCGACAAGCCGACGGCACGGCCGCGAGCGCUGCCGCGCGCCACCUCCCUGGGCAGCCCCGGCGGCGGCCUGCCGCCAGCCGUGGCGGCGUGGGCAAGUGGCGCGGCUGACGCGGGAUCGGCAGAGGCGGCGAGCCCGGAGGCUGCGGCAGCGAAGGCCGGAAGCAAGAGGAAGGCGGCGGCGGCCCCCGGCGGCGGCGGCUCGCCAGAGCCGCUUGACAGCGAGGCGGCGGCGGUUCUGGCGGCGGCGGUGGCGGCGACGGGCGUGGCGGGCGACGGCGGCGGCGGUGCCAAGCGGCAGACGCGCAGCAGUUCCGCCACGGCCCGUAGAUCGGCCAGCGCUGACAUGGCGGUGGCGGCGGCGGCGGCGAAAGGAGCCAAAGCGGCGGCGGCGGGCAGCGCCGGGGCUGGUAAGGCGGCGGUGGCGGCGCCGCGGGACCGUGGAAAGGACGCCAGCAGCGGCAAGACCGGCAAGGCUGGCGCCGCCAACGCCACUGCCGCGGCGGCGGCGGCAGCAGCAGGUGCCAGCAAGGGCCACAAAGCCAGCAAGCCGGCGGCGCGUGGCGCCGAGCCCGCAGCAGCCGCGGCGGCGGCCGCCGGAGCUGGCGGCACCGGAUUUGCCGGCGGCGUCCCUGGCAUCACGCCCGCGGCCGCGGCGGCGGCGGCGGCGGCCGCCGCCGCCGGUCGCAUCAGCCUUGCCGGCCUGGGCUGCGGCUUGCCUGACUACUCCUACUACCCGUUGCGAGGCAGCAACAUCAUGUCGUUCUACCCGGGAUCGAUCGUGGUGGCUCAUGUGGGUCGGCUGCCGCCGCUGCAGGGGUCCGGCCUGACGUCCGUCGUGCCGGGCGUGGCGGUGGUGCCGCCGGCACCGCUCCGCCGCCAGGUCGCCGCCGUGCCGCCGCCGGCGGCGCCGCCGCCGCGCACUGCGCCGAUCUACUUCCCGGGCCGGCGGCAUGGCGGCAGCGGCGGCGGCAGCGGCACCGGCCGCGCUGGCGGCGGCGACGCAAGCGGGUGUGGCAAGGCGGUGGGGAUGGGGAUGGCGACGCGGCUUGCAUUCGAGCCGUCGGCGCAGCCUGCUGAGGCCACGACUGCAGAGGUGGUGAAGGCCGCGAGUGAGGGUGCGGCGGAAGCGCAUGAUGGCGGCAGCAAUGGCGGCAGCGGCCUCGUGUUUGGCUACAUCCAACCGCCGCCGCUGGCCGCUGCCGCUGCAGGCGCCGCCAUCGCACUAGCAGCCGAGAGCUCACAACCGGGUGACACUGACGGCGACCAUGACCAUUUUGUGUACGACGGCGAUGACAGCGAUGAUGAUGGCGGCGGCAUCUUUGCGUCUGAUGGUGGCGGCGGCGGUGGCGGCGGCUACUGCCGGCGGCUAUUGUACGGCCUCGCAAAAGGCGGCGGCUGUGGCAGAGAAGGCGGCGGGAAGGAGGCGGCGGGAGGUGGCGGCAGGGAAGGCGGCGGCAAGGAGGCCGGCGGCAAGGGCGGUGCUGGUAAGGACGCUGCCCGGGGCUCCAGGGACGGCGGCAAAGGCGGCGGCGGCAGCAAGGGGGCGGCGGCGGCGGGCAAGGAGGAGGGUAGAGGAGCGGCCAAAGCGGGCAGCAGCAAGCCUAAGGCGGCAGGCGAGGCGGCGGCGGACGCGGCCGCAGCGGGCGACAGCAUCCGCGGCGCGGCGCUGAGCACUGUGGGCUGCUCGCAGGUGGUGCCCUCCUGCGCCUUCUCACGCAAGCUGGGGGCGCCGCGGCUGUACUGGGGCCCGCUGUUCCAGUGCCCCAACCCGCCCGCGCCGGCACCCGGUGAGCUGGCGGCGCGGCGUGCGGCCGGCCCAUCCGCCGCCGAGCUUGCUCGCAUGGGCGUGUGCGUGCACGAGGCCCAACCGCUGGACGAGGCGGCGGCGGCGGUGGCGGCGGCGGCGGCGGACGCCACCGCCGCCAGUGUACGGCAGGCGCAUGCAGAUCUGUGGGAGCGGCACUGGAGCAAGCCGCCGCCGCCGCCGCCCUCGGCGGCGGCUGGAGCGGCGGCGGCAGCGGCGGCGGGUGGACAGAAGGGCGAGGGCGGCGGUGGCGGCGGUAGCGGCGGCGGCCGCGGGAGCAGCAGGCCUGCUGGUGCGGCGCGGCCGCCGGCCGCCAGCGGCUCCUUGAGGACCACGAGGGCGCGCAGCGCAGCACGUGACGCCGGUGGCGGCGGCGGCGGCGGCGGCGGCGGCGGCGGCGGCGGGGCUGGCGCGGGCGGCGAGCGUGAGGGCAGCGGUGGUGGCUGUGGCGGCGGCGGCAGCAAGUCGGUCAGCCCUGGCGGCAGCGGCAGUGCAUCUCCUGUCGCCGCGCGGGCCGACGCUGACGCCGAGGAUUGUGCUAAUGUCGACGUUGAUGUAAAAGUUAGUGCCGACAGCAACGGCGGCGCAACAGCAGCAGCUGUAGCAGUAGCUAAGGCGGCGGGGGCUGGCGAGGUUAAGGCUGCUGCCACCAAAGCUGCCGCUGAAGCCGCCAUGGACUCGGCAGCAGCGCCGGAGCCGGAGGUCAAGCUUGAGGCGUCAGGGCCGAAGCCAAAGCCGGAGCCGCAACCAAAGCCAGAGCCGCAACCAAGGCCUGAGCCGCAAUCAAAAUCGGAGCCGGAGCCUCAACUCAUGGAGGUGGAUGCGGGCGCGGUUGUAGAAGCUGCUGAGCGGCAGGAGACAGAGGUGGCUGUGGAGGUCAAGGAGGAGGCGGAGGGCAAGGCGUUGUCGGCAGCGGCAGCAGUCGUGCAGGCGGCGGAGGCACCGGGCGCGGCGGAGGCAGCUGCACAGGAGGUGGAGGUGGAGGCGGAGGCAGCUGCUGAGCCUGUUGACGCACAGCCUGCGCCUCAGCCGAUGGAAACAGACGCAACUGCUCCUGAAAAUGCCGGUGCCGACGCCGACGCCGGCGCAGCCGCGACCGCCACUGCUGCCGCUGCCGCGACCGCCACCGCGGUUGCGGCCGAUGCUGAUGUGCGCAUGGAGGAUGCUGCUGAGGAGGGCGGCGCGGCAGCGGCAUGUGACGCUGAGGCCACCACCGCCGCUGCCUUGGUCGGGGCGGCGGAGGCAAAGGUGCCGCCGGAGGCGCCAGAGGAUGCGCCGGAAGCUAAGGCGGCAGCGGCGGAGGCUAAGCGGGAGGAGGGGGCGGAGCCGGCAGCGCGGGCUGCGGCUGCUGGUGAUGCGGAGCCGGCCGCGGGGGCUGCGGCUGCUGGUGAUGCGGCGCCGCAGCCGGAGGGUCAGGAGCAGGCAGCGGGGCGGCAGGCGGAGCAGAGCGCGGCGGCGGACACGGGCGCGGGGGAGGAGAGCCGAGCUGCGGACGCGGAAGAGGAGGCAGAGCUUACGCUUGCGGAGGAGGCGGCGGCGGAAGCUGCUGCAGCUCUGAGCAAACCAGAGCCGGCGCCGGAGCGGCCGCAGCGGCCACAGCGGCUGCGGCGGCCACGGCAAGAGCCAGGGACGGCCGGCGGCAGCGGCGGCGGCUCCCGGCCAAAGGAGCGCACGCCCGCGGCUGGCAGGGAAUCGCGCCAGGAAUCCGGUUCGGAUCCAGGAUCAAAGUCCGAAUCCGAGUCCGGAUCUGGGUCCGGAUCGGAGGAGGAAGAUGAGGUGGAGCUGCGUUCUUCGGAGCGGCGGCGCUCGCGGAGGCUGGAGAAGGACAGCAUUGCCGCACUGGCCCUGGCGGCGCUGGAGGCGGAGGCGGCGGAGGCGCGGCGGAGGCUGGCGGACGCAGCGGAGGACGCCGCUGACGCCGCAAGCAAGCUGUUCCCAUGGGACCUGGACAUUGCAGUCGAGACGCGUACGCAGCUGGCGGCGAUUGCGGCGGCGGCGGCGGCUGGUGGUGAAGGAGAUGGAGGCGGAAGUGGAGAUGGAGGUGGCGGCGGCGGCGUGAUGGCGGCGCGGCAGGCGGCAGUGUGGCGGACGCUGGGAGUGCUGGACGCCCGACUGGGCGACAUGACUGCGGUGCUGGGUGUGGACGCCAUGGGCUGCCGCGUGCGGCGCUGCUGGGGCGGCGAGGCGGAGGCGGCGUUCGCGGCGCGCAUGCAGCAGCGCGACCGCAACCUGGACCAGCUGCUGAGAGAUUCAAACGGCGGCGCGCUGCAGUACGGCCGCGGCGAGAUCGUGUCGUACUACUACAACGUGUGGAAGACACGUGCCACUGCGGAGGCCGACCGUUGGCACGAGGACCGCAUUGCGGCCGCCAACCGCUCCCGGUCGCCCUCGCCCGCGCCGCCGCCCAACGGCAAAAACGGUGGCGGCAGUGGGGAAAGCGGCAAGAAUGGCAGCAGCGGCAAGGGCACCGGAAAGGAGGGGGGUAAAAGGAGUAGUGCGCCGACGCCGGCGCCGCAGGGCGGUGGUAAGGAGGGCGGCGCCGGCGGCAGUGCCGGAAAGGAGGGCGGCAAGUCGAAGGCGAAGGAGGCUGGGCGCAAGGAUAAGGAGAAGGAGAAAGAAAAGGAGAAGAAGGUUGCAGGCAAGGAGGGAGGCAGCAAGGACCGGAAGAAGCGGUGAGGUGGGAGAGGUGAGUGCUUCGCAUAUGGCGACGAUGGCGGCUGUGUUCGCGGAGGUGGUGCAUUGUGAGGAGUCAGUGCAGGCAGGUGUAGGUAUCAAGCCAGGUUUUUUACAGGCAUUUCGACGGAAGGAAAAUUCAGGCGGAGCGAGAAGUGCCGAUCUGGCCAGGCAAGCGGUUUUGUAUGCAUGCGCGCGCAAAAGGGGAUCAGACAUUCAGAGUGGUGGCACCAAAGUGUGGGGUUGCUAGGGUUUGUGCUCAGUGCAGGUGUGCGGGCGUAGGAGGUGUUGUAGAGUAGACUCGCAGUCUGCACUCUGCAGGCAGGCAAUGGCGGGGAGCGAAGGCAGGUGUGCGUUAGGACCGGGGCACAGCGGUGCGAUGGGUAUUGCGAGCUUGCAGCAGAGCAGGUGUGGGCGCGCGCGAGUGCAGCGAGUGAUGUGUAGAAUGAGUCCGCAACCCUGCGGGGGUGGGCUGUAGACAGGGCUGUAGAGCCUGGUUGUAAACGGCGCAGGGA